AUGGGCAAAAGCAAUGAGGAUAGAAAAGAAGAAAAGAAGAGAAAAGGGAGAAUUUUGUGCUGUGAAAGGGAGGGUUUAAAGAAAGGAGCUUGGACUGUUGAGGAAGACAAGAUUCUUGUUGAUUUUAUUACAGAAAAUGGGCAUGGGACUUGGAGAAAUCUUCCUAAACUUGCAGGGCUACUCCGUUGUGGGAAGAGCUGUCGACUUAGAUGGACAAACUAUCUUCGACCUGACAUAAAACGCGGUCCUUUUACUCCCGAGGAAGAGAACACAAUUAUUCAAUUGCACAAGUCGCUUGGUAACAAGUGGGCCGCCAUAGCCUCCCACUUACCGGGAAGAACAGAUAACGAUGUCAAAAACUUCUGGAACUCCCAUUUGCGAAAGCGCUUUAGCAACCAAUCAGCUCUCGACCCGAAACCAAAACCGAAACCGAACUCUCCCGUGACCCGCCACAUGGCGCAAUGGGAGAGCAUCCGCCUCGAGGCCGAGUCCCGCCUCUUGUCCAAACCGGGGCCACAGCAAGGCGGUUAUUACCUAAACCUAUGGAACUCAGAAAUCGGGACUUCCUUCCGUAGUAAUAAAGUCAACGAGCUCGGACGAGCAAACUCCUCCCCCCAGAAUUCGUCUGUCACGAAAGUCGAGUCUUGCAGGAAAAGUGAGGCCAAUGGGGACACGCACAGCAAAAACGAGGGUGAUGACAUGGCGACGGCUCGUUCGGACAUGACUUCGAAAUCGUACGAGGAUCAUCAGUUGAUGCAUGACGAUGACUCGUCGGAUGGUAUGAUGAAAUUGCUGCUCGAUUUUCCAUUGGUGGACGAUGUUGACCUGGCGUUUUUCCAGGGAGCCGACGUGUAG